AUGGGCUGCCUCUGCUGGCCUGGCCGGCUCUCCCGCGUGCUGCUGCUGCUGACAGUGACAGCAGCAGCGGCAGCAGCAGCCUGCUGCGGCGUGUCUGGCUUAACGAUCAGUCGCUCUGUUGCUUCUGCUGCUGCUGAAGGGGGGUUUAUAGGCAGGAGCAGCAGCAACUUUUCUGUGGCCUACCCCGUGUUGUUUGGCAGCCUCGCCAAGCAGCUGCAGGACAGCAGACGCAGCAGCAGCAGCAGACGCAGCAGGUGGCGCUCCCUUCCUUAUUUCAUUAUUUCUCCAGGCUGUUUUCCGGCAGGUAACAACAACAAUAACAACAACAAUAGCAGCAGCAGCAGCAGCAGCAGCAGCAGACUGGCUGCUGUGUCUGCACAGCAGAAGGAGGAGCUGCGGAAGAAGCAAGAGAAGGAAUUUCUGCAGCGUAGGAAGGCAAAUCAGGCGAAGCAGCGGGAGCGUUUGCUGCUGCUGAAGCAGGAGCGUCAGGAGCAGAAGAACAGGCAGCAGCAGCAUCGUCUGCAGCAGGUGCAGCAGCAGCAAGAGAGGGAGGAUGGAGUAACUAAGGAGGAGCUAGCUGCCUUACGAGCUAAGAUAAGACUACAGGAGCAGCAGAAUAGGGUGAAGCAACGUAAGGCACACAACUUGCUGCUGCUGCAGAAGCGGCAGCUAGCGGAGAGGCAGCGGCAGCAGCUAAAGGAUCGUCUGCUGCGGGUGCGUAUACAGGAAAGAGAAGCAGAGCAGCAGCAGCAGCAGCAAAAUAGAUUAGGGAGAGCAACAACAAGAGAAGGAAAAAGUCUUAAGAUAGCAGAGAUAAAACAUUUAUUAAGGACUUCUUUGCUGCUGCUGCAGUUCAAGACCCAAUCAACAGGUACCAAUAAGGGCAGGAAAGACAGCAGCAGCAGCAGCAACAACAACAACAGCAACAGCAGCAACAGCAACAGCAGCAUAGGCAUCAAAACUGUAUCUGUAGGUAUAACACAGGAGCAGCAGCAGCAAAUAUUUAGGGAAUUAGUUGUUAAAGGAUUACAUAAAUUUGUGCUGCUAAAAAGAAUAAAAAACUCCUUAAUGAGGACAGCUAUACGUCAGAUACAAGAAGAGCAGCAGCAGCAGCAGCAGCAGCAGCAAGAACAGCAGCAGCAGCAAGAGCAGCAGCUGCAGCAGGAAAUAGAGGACAAGGAGAUGCACGAACGGCUGUGGGGCCGAUGGGACGAUUCUCCUCUAAGUGACGAGGAGAUCUAUGAGAUAUUAGGUGUAACAGAGCAGCAGCUGCAGCUGAAUAGGAAGCAGCAGCAGCAGGAAGCACAAGCUGCAGCUGCUGCAUCAAAGGCCCAUGGCAGCAAAGGCGGCAGCAGCAGCAGCACGAAGACAGCUCCAAAGAAGACAGCAGGAGGGAAGAAAGGUGCUGCUGCUGAUGAUGAGACACUAACUCCAGAGAAAUUAGAUAAGAUGGAGCUUCCUGAGCCUGAGGAUUAUGCUGCAGCAGCAGCAGCAGCAGCAGCAGCAGAAGAUCGUGCUCGUGCUGCAGUAGAUGUAGAGGGAGCAAGAAGAUCAUUAAUUGAAUCUGCUGAUUUGCUGCUUCCUUAUCUAAAGGGAGAAUGUCUGUAUGCAUUUAUUCAUGCAUCUGCUGCUGCAGAGGAUAGACUACAGGAAGCAGUAAAGUUGCUGCUGCAGCAAUAUACAGAAGCAGCAGCAGAUAAUAAAGAAAGAGCAGAGGAAGCAGCAGCAGACACAACAAGAAGGAAACCAGGAGAUAAAUAUAUUAUUAUUCCUGCUGAUGAUCCUGCACCUGUAGAGGAUUUACCUAAAUAUAUGAUGACACGUGGUGAGUAUGCUGCUGCUGCUGCUGCUGCUGCAGCAUCUACUGGUGAGGCUGCUAAAGCUGCUGCAGCAGCUGAAGCAGCAGCAGCAGCAGCAGCAGAAGCAGCAUUGGAUAAGGCUCUCUCUCCCUCAUUGCGUCUUCUAGCAGCUCUGCAACAAAGUGGAGGGACGUUAAGCUUCGUGCUACGGGCAACACAGCAGCAGCUGAUGGCCCUCUUGGAGCAUGGCCGUGCCAAGGCGGAGCAGCAGAAGCAGCAGCAUCUCAUGCCGCAGAAGCAAGAGCGGCAGCAGGAGCAGCAGCAGGAGCAGCAGCAACAGAAGGACAGCAGCUAG